AUGGCAGACCCGUCCGGUGCAGAUCCAAAACACGUACGGAGUGAUGCAGUGGCUGCUACCUUCGCGGGAUCCAAUACGCGUCCGGUCUCAUCCAGCCUCGAUGAGAGCGACUUUGUGACGGCCAGGGAGGAUCAAGAUCUUCGGAGAGGUCUGCAUCAGCGACAUAUCGGUCUUAUCGCCAUCGCAGGAGCUAUAGGUACAGGACUCUUCCUAGGCCUAGGAGGUUCGAUACAGACUGCGGGGCCGCUUGGCGCAUUACUUGGGUAUGCCACCGUCGGUCUCAUUGUCUGCGCAGUGCAAUUCGCAUUAGGCGAGGUGACAGCGCUAUUCCCCGUUACUGGAAGUUUCGUGCGACAUGCUGAGGUCCUCGUCGACCCAGCCCUGGGGUUUGCGAUAGGCUACAAUUUGGUAUACGGCAAUUGCUUGUCCAUUCCAACAGAAAUCACUGCGAUAUGCGUUCUCUUUCAGUAUUGGACGGACCUCAACUCCUCGCUUUGGAUCAUGAUUUUCAUCGUCUUGACUGUCAUUGUUGGGCUAUCAUUCAUCGGAAUCUACGGCGAAGUUGAAUUCUGGUUCGCACUACUCAAGAUUGUCUUCAUAAUUUUCCUGGUCCUCCUCGGUCUGGUCAUCGACCUGGGUGGGGUCCCUGGCACAUCCCGAAUUGGCUUCAGGUAUUGGAAAGAUCCAGGACCCUUCGUGGAGUACAUUGCAAGUGGUAGCUGGGGGCGGUUCCUGGCUUACUGGGCGGUGAUGAGCAAUGCAGUCUUCAGCUUCGCUGGUGUCGAAAGCAUUGCCAUGGCUGCAGCUGAGACUCGAAACCCAAGAGUUGCCAUACCGAAUGCGUGCAAAAGGGUGUUCGUCCGAGUGGCAACAUUCUACAUCCUCGCCGUCCUCAUUGUGGGCAUGCUCGUUCCCAGUGACGACCCUCGGCUUAAUGAUGAAUCAGGAACAGCAGCACAGAGUCCGUUCGUCAUUGCGGCGAGUGCAGCCGGACUCCGCGGUGUGCCAUCAGUUGUCAACGCCAUUGUCAUUACAUCAGCUUGGUCAUCCUCAAAUCAGGCCUUACUUUCCGGCACACGAGUUCUGUACGGCCUCGCAUUGAAGAAGCAAGCGCCUGCCAUAUUUCUGAAGACGACUCCAUGGGGUGCGCCGUACGUUUGCGUUCUCUUCUUCGCAGCGUUCAUGUUUCUUUCAUUUAUGAGCCUGUCAGACGGCGCAUUGACAGUCUUUUGGUGGCUGGUCGACCUUACCGCUUGUGGCGUUCUGAUAUCUUGGAUCACGGUUCUAUUGAAUCAUUGGAGGCUCAUACGUGCAAUGAAGAAACAAGGACUGUCUUUGUCACGACUUCCGUGGCAUAGCAGAUUUACUGAAUACUCGACUCCAGCGGCACUGAUCAUGUGCGUUAUCAUCCUCUUCACAGCAGGAUUUCCCGUUUUCACCAAAGGCAACUGGUCCGCCAGUAGCUUCGUUUCGUCCUACUUAGAUAUCCCUCUUGUCAUCACGGCCUAUGUGGCGUGGAAGGUGUACAAACGGACCAGCGUCGUCAACUUGUCGGAGAUACCACUGGAAGAGGCUCUGGAGCGUGCAGUCGGUGACGUGGAGAUUGAGAAAGAACGUCCUCCCUGGAGAAAGCUGGUCGGCUUUCUCUGGGACUAG